AUGCCUCCGCAAACGAAGCGGAAGGUGAACGCCCCCGCCGGCUCGGCCGACAAGAAGAAGUCACCGGCAAAGAGCAAAUCGAAGGAGAAGGAGAAGGAGACGAAAGAUUCGAAGGAGGGCCCACGGGGCAAAGAUUCAAAGGAUGCUGAUAAACGAUCAAAGGAGGCCACAGCCACACCCUCGAAGGAAAUGACUCAAGAUAGCUUGAUCCAAGAAGCCCCUAAAUCUGCGCCAUACCCGAAGAGUCUCCUCCUGCGCACGAAGAGUACCCUCGAUCCGGCGAAGCGUGAGAAUGCGAAGCUCGUGCUCAACUUUGUCGAAAGCACCCUGAAGAAGGGAUUUCAGACAGUGCGUGGCGAAUUUGCCAAACACAAAAGGGCCCUCGACAAGAGCAAGAUGCUGGUUUUUGCGCAGAAUCCGACGAAGAACCGCUACCGAGACGUGGGCUGCUACGAUAAUUGUCGUGUGAUCCUGCUGAACAAUGGCCCCAGCGACUAUAUUCAUGCCAACUAUGUUUCUUCGCCCAAGAGCAAGAAACGCUUCAUCUGCUGCCAGGCCCCGCUGCCCAGCACGCUUGCCGAUCAUUGGCGGAUGCUCGUCCAAGAGAAGUCGGAUGUGGUUCUGAUGCUCUGCAAUUUCAUCGAGUCGAAAAAGGAGAAAUGCGCGCAUUAUUUCCCGGAAAGUACGGACACCCCGAUGACGUUUGGCCCAUUUACGGUGAAGUGCGUCAACAGGGAGCAGUUGAAAUUGGACUGUACGACAACGGCUGUGAUUAUGGUGACAUCAUUGGUUGUCGAGGAGAAUGGUGUUCAAGUGCAUAAGCUCGAACACUAUCAUUGGCUCGAUUGGCCCGAUCGUGGUGUGCCAACUGUCGAUUUGGCUCCUAUCAAGCUCCUCGAAAAGAUCUCUCCCACACAGACACCAAUCGUGAUCCAUUGUUCUGCUGGAAUCGGUCGUACUGGCGCAAUCUGCCUGCUUCAAUACGCCCUCGAAUCGAUCGCUACCGGGCAGCCGUGCGAGCAAAUCGACGUGCUGAUGAUUAAGCUGCGCGAGCAACGUGCAAACUCGGUGCAGACCGACGCCCAAUACCUCUACGUCCAUCAGCUUCUCCUCCAUUACUUCGAAAUGGAGGGCUAUUUGGACGCGUCGAUCGAGAAACCGCUGCAGCAGUUCCGCGAUAAGUACGAGGAUUAUGCCUCCAAGUUCAAGACC